AUGUCACUGCCCACAGACAAAAAUGAUAUAUCAAUCCGACCAGCCACAUCAACAGAUAUCCCUUUCCUUCCGGGUAUAGAGAGUUCCGCAUCUGCCAUAUUCAAAUCAAUCCCCGCACUCUCAUUCAUUGCUUCAGAUUCUCCUUUGAGCACUGAAGAUCUCGAGAAUUUCCUCGCAUCGAGCCAUCUAUGGGUAGCCACAUACAAAGACCCCAGCUCUCGGAGGAUACCUGUCGCUUUUCUUGCCGCAAGACCUAUACAAACCUCCAACGCGGAUGGUAACAAGCCUGGGUCAAAUCAUUUGUACAUUGCUGAAAGUUCAGUUCAUUCAUCUUACCAGAGACGAGGGAUCGCAAAGAGAUUAAUUGCCUUUGUUGAAAAUUACGCUCGGGAGAAUAAGUUCGAUGGUCUGACAUUGAUCACAUUUUUGGAUGUACCGUGGAACGGAGGGUUCUAUCAAAACCUUGGCUUUGAGGAAGUAGAUGCUGAGCAUUUAGGAGAGGAUUAUAUUUCCAUGUUGAAAGAAGAGAGGGAGAAAUGGAAAGAUUUGGGCACAUGGAGAAGGGGGGCCAUGUUGAAAAGAUUUUAG